UCUGAUGGUCUAUUAUAUUUACAGAUUGUUGUCUUCUCGAAGGAUUAUUGUCCACAUUGUAAGAAAACCCAAAAAGCGAUAAAUUCGUUUCAACUUAAAGAAAAUUCUUUAGAAUGGAUUGAAAUUAACAAACGAAGUGAUGGUGAUGCUAUACAGGAUUAUUUGGUUGAAAUUACUGGCGCUCGGGUUUUAUUGGACUUAAACUUAUGA